AUGGGCAGAGACUCCUUCUCCGAGACCUCCACCAUCUGCUCCUUCGAAAAGGAGACCACUCCCGAGGCCGCCCCCGCUCCCACGAAGCGCUCCAUGAGACAAAGGGUCAAGAGGGCCCUCCGCGACAUCGGCCACCCGCCCACCUACCGCUACGACCUCGAGCACGGCAUCGACACGAGCAAAACCGUCCCCGUCGGGCCCACGGGUUCCAACGUCCUCAACCAGCCCUCGCGCAUGUGA